AUGUUCACGCAGGAGAGAAACCGUAUAGGUGUGAUCUUUUGUGGGAAAACUUUCCCUCUGCAACAGCAAUUAAAUGCUCACCGACGUGUUCACACUGGAGAGAGGCCAUACAGGUGUGAACAAUGUGGGAAAGGUUAUUCUCAGAGUAGCAACCUUAAAAUCCACCAGCGCACUCACACAGGAGAGAAACCAUACCGCUGUGACCACUGUGGGAAAGCUUUCAUAAGUAAAAGUAACCUAGCAACCCACAGUCAUAUUCACAGUGGAGAGAGGCCGUACGUCUGUAGCCAAUGUCCAAAAGCUUUUGUCUCUCUAACAGCUUUGGAAAGACACCAAAGCAUUCACAGUGGAGAAAAAGCAUAUAAGUGUGAACAAUGUGGGAAAGGUUUUUCUCACCCAUACACCCUCAAAAUCCACAAGCGCAUUCAUAAAGGAGAGAAACCCUACAGCUGUGACCAAUGUGACAGAGCUUUCUGCACUCUAUGUAAACUAAAAACCCACAAAUUUGUUCACACUGGGGAGAAACCAUACAGCUGCUUCCAUUGUGGCAGGGCCUUUGCUCACAGAAGUAACCUGAAAUCCCACCAGCUCACUCACACAGGAGAGAAACCGUACAGGUGUGAUAAUUGUGAGAAAACAUUCUGUCACAGAAGGUACCUUAAAGCCCACCAACGCCGUCAGCACACAGCAGCUGAUCGCGUCCUCUGUUCGGAGGGUAAGGAGCUUCUGAAUGUCAUUCAUUUUGCGCCUCUCCGCCAUGACAGCUUCGUCUUUUCCCGCUCCUGCGCACAGUUCUGCCCCAGCAGGAGACGCGAGUCACAGUUACCGCGAGACAUCGCGAGAUCAGCCGAGACCAGCAGUCCCUGCCUGGUCCCGGUGUGCAGCUGGAGGACUUCAGAGUCCGGGACCAGGAGCAGGAUGGAGGAGGAGCAGCAGAACCCGGAGCCGCGGAGCAACAACGUCCCCAGAGGAGCCGCAGCAGGCUCGUCCUCUCAGAUCACGAGAGGAAAGAAGGAGAUCAAACGUCACUGCUGUAGGCGCUGUGAUAAAUCCUUCACAAGAUCCACAAAUUUAAAGAUUCAUCAGAGAGUCCACACAGGAGAGAAACCUUACAGCUGUAACCAGUGUGGGAAAACUUUUUCUCGUGGAAGUAACCUUAAAGCUCACCAACGCAUUCACACAGGAGAGAAACCGUACUGGUGUGACCAAUGUGACAAAGCUUUUGCGUCAUCAAGAUACUUAAUAACCCAUCAACGCAUUCACACAGGAGAGAAACCAUACAGCUGUGAUCAAUGUGGGAAAGCUUUCACAGAGUUACAGACCUUAAAAAGUCAUCAACGCAUUCACUCAGGAGAGAAACCGUACAGUUGUGAUCAGUGCGGCAAAGCUUUCACAGAGUCAGGGACCCUGAAAGUCCAUCAGCGCAUUCACACAGGAGAGAAACCUCACAGAUGCCACCUGUGUGGAAGUACUUUUUCUCGUGGUAGUCACCUUAAAGUUCAUCAACGCAUUCACACAGGAGAGAAGCCGUACUGGUGUGACCAAUGUGGAAAAACUUUCUCGUCUAGUAGUACCCUUAUAGAUCACCAACACACUCACACAGGAGAGAAGCCAUACAGCUGUGACCACUGUGGGAAAGCUUUUUCUCGACGAAGUCACCUUAAAACCCACCAGCGUAUUCACACAGGAGAGAAACCAUACAGCUGCGAUCAAUGUGGCAAAGCUUUUACGGGGCUCGGGACCUUAAAAACCCAUCAACGUAUUCACACGGGAGAGAAGCCCUACUGGUGUGACCACUGUAAGAAAAAUUUCUCUUGCAGUAGUAACCUCAAAGUCCACCAACGCAUCCACACAGGAGAGAAACCGUACUGGUGUGACCAAUGUGGGAAAACGUUUUCGUACUGUAGUAACCUUAUUAAUCACCAACACAGUCACAUGGGAGAGAAACCAUUCAGCUGUGACCAGUGUGGGAAAACUUUUACACGGAGUGAUAACCUUAAAGUCCACCAGCGCAUUCACACAGGAGAGAAACCGCACUGCUGUGGUGGGCUGUAAAGAUUUGGUGGAUUGGUUUGUUAAUAUGCUUUUGUUGGACCAGAUUCUCAUUGGUUGGACGUCCGCCUGUGUUUUUUUAUUAAGAUAAUGUGUCCAACAAAGUCUUUCUCUUCCCAGCUGAAAAUGGCAGUUGUUGUUGUUGUUGUUGUUGUUGUUGUUGUUGUUGUUGUUGUUCAAAGUUUGUAUUUAUCCUCUGAGAUGGUUGGUCUUGGUGAUAUUUGUCCCGCCCCUUCUCCACUGGGAUCGGUGACAGUGCCACAUAGUGUUUUACCUAAAUUUAACAUUUUUCAAAAGAAAAUAAUAUUGCCAAAAAUUUUUAUUUAAAAAACACUCAUUUUUUUCU